CGAUCGGUGCAGUUGAUAAAUGGAGGAUUUGUGUUUGUCAAGGUAGUUUUGUUUACGCGAUAAUUUUCACUCGGAAUCAACUCCUCGCGUGUUUCGUGUGUGCUAAGAGGUAGAUGAAGGUGCGUAACAGUAUCCUUCGGUUUUCGCAUUAAAAUUGACAGGAUUUAAGAUGUCCCGUAAUCACAAGGACAAGUAUGAAAAUUCUAAUCCACAUCGUACGCACACUAUCAUGUCCACGGAGGAUGCAAACUCCGGGAAGAAAUCUUAUUGGCCGGAGUUGGAGAUAACAGGCAGUAUAAGAAAUUUGAGUCCAAAUUUAUGGCAGCUAACUCAUCUGACAGCAUUGUAUUUAAAUGGCAAUAGUUUACAAAGAAUACCAUCAGAGAUAUGCCGUUUAACGAAUUUACGUGCUUUAGAUCUGAGUAGCAAUAAAUUACGCAGUUUACCUGCGGAACUGGGGGACCUCAUCUAUCUCAGGGAGUUGUUAUUAAACCAAAACUAUCUUCGCGUGUUACCGUACGAGUUAGGAAAAUUAUUCCAGUUACAAGUGCUAGGACUUCAAGGUAAUCCUCUCAGCAAGGAGGUAAUGGCAUUGUACGGAGAACCAUCUGGAACUCACAAGCUGCUGUCGUAUAUGCUGGACAAUUUACAAGUAACCGCUAAUCAUCCGCCACAAAGACCAUGGAUUCCAUUGACAAGGCCCAAUAGGACAAGACCGACCUGUAUAUUUACGGUAAUGUGUUACAACGUGCUGUGCGACAAGUACGCGACACGGCAAAUGUACGGUUAUUGUCCAAGCUGGGCCCUCGAUUGGGAAUAUCGGAAAAAGGGAAUCCUCGAUGAAAUACGGCAUUAUGCCGCGGACAUCAUCAGCUUGCAGGAGGUCGAGACGGACCAAUUCUAUAAUUUCUUCCUGCCUGAGCUAAAGCACGACGGUUACGACGGCAUCUUCUCACCGAAAUCGCGAGCAAAGACAAUGGCCGAGAACGACAGGAAGUACGUCGACGGUUGUGCUAUUUUUUACAGAACAGCCAAAUUCACUUUGAUAAAGGAGCAUUUAGUCGAAUUCAAUCAAUUGGCCAUGGCAAACGCCGAAGGUUCAGACAAUAUGCUGAACAGAGUUAUGCCCAAAGAUAACAUUGGAUUGGCUGCUCUUCUUAGAACUAAAGAAGCCGCUUGGGACAACGGUCUGCCAUCAGAUCCAGCACAAGUACAACAGCCCAUUUUAGUUUGCACAGCCCACAUUCAUUGGGAUCCUGAAUUUUGUGAUGUUAAAUUGAUACAAACGAUGAUGCUUAGUAAUGAAUUACGUUCCAUUUUGGACCAAGCUGGUCAGUCUUUCCGACCUGGUCAUAAGCCUGACUCUUCCAACGUGCAGCUUCUACUUUGUGGUGACUUUAAUUCUCUACCUGAUUCAGGUGUCAUUGAAUUUCUUACGUCGGGACGUGUUGCGGCCGAUCAUCGCGAUUUUAAGGACUUAGCUUAUAAAUCAUGCUUACAAAAGAUAUCUGGUUGCGAUAAACCUAAUGAAUUUACACAUUCUUUCAAACUUGCAUCCGCCUACAGUGAAGAUAUUAUGCCUUAUACUAAUUACACGUUUGAUUUUAAAGGCAUAAUAGAUUACAUUUUCUAUUCGAAACAAAGUAUGGUACCAUUGGGACUUUUAGGACCGUUAAGCGCUGAUUGGUUUAGAGAACAUAAAGUGGUAGGUUGUCCGCAUCCGCACGUACCAUCUGACCACUUUCCAUUGUUAGUAGAACUAGAAAUGACACCAACAGUAGGAACAAGCAACGGUUUGAUCUCACGCAGGCUCUAGCAAUAUCACUCGCAGUCGACUACUAUUCUAAUAGCGAAUAUUACGAAUACUCCACAUUGCCGCACAUUCAACAUGCUGACAGACAUAUUGAUGAAUAAUUCUAAUGACCAGGUGAAGGGAGUCGUGUUGUAAUGCGUUUAGCCCAUGUAUAGUGUAUUGCAUUUUUAAGAACUAACUUCCCAUAUUAAGAGUACCAUAAACUCUCUAUUACCAUCAUAAUAUGUAGAUACACCUAUUUUCCUACAAAAAUGAUAUUCCGAUCAAGCCUCUGUGAUAUCUCGUCAUAAACAAUUGGAACAAUUUCACAUAUUUAUUAACUAACAAACUAGUAUCUACUAGAAAAAUCCUAAUCUCUUCCUAAAUGUCAUUACAACAUUCUCCAAGCCAACUUUUGAUAAGAAUGCUGCCAUCCAAUGACAAAUUGUAUUUUUAAACAAAAGAAAACAAAAAAAAUAUGAAAACAUACACGCUAUACUGGGCUGUGCGAAGUGAUCGGAGUUGACUUAACAAUUUUAAUCAAGUACAAAUCUGUUCUUAUUGGCCACGUAUAUUGAUAAUGAUAAUAUUAUAUAAGGAAAUAUAGAUGAUAUUUGUAGCAAAUGUAAUUGUAAGUAUGGUAAAAUGUAACGAUGUUCGUCUAUCAUAGUAAUAUUGAGAUAUAUCAGUUGACAUUCAUCAUUAGGUAUGUUCAGUUCCAAUUAUUAAUAUAUAUCACAUCCAAUUUACUACUUGAUAGUUCAGUUGUAAAGUAGAUAAAUAUUAUAGGUAUCGAAUACCUGAAAUCUUCGCGUUAUCUACAACUGCAUUUCUUUCGUCAGAAAUAUAUAUUAUUUGACGAUACCUUUGAUGCUGUGUAUUAUCAUUAAAAGCAGUAAAAAAAAUUCACAAUUGUUAUAUUAAAUAUCUUAAGAAGAAAUAUAUAUAUAUAUAUGUGUGUAUGUGUAUAUAUAUAUAUAUAUAUAUAUAUAUAUAUAUAUAUAGCGAAAAUAAAUUGUUUGUAUGAGUGCAAUGAUUACGAUGGUUACCAUAUGUAAAAUUUGUAAACACACAACUGAAUUAUGCAAGUAGUCGAACAUUUAUUUGUCAAAGACGUAUGUGUAGUAAAUGUUGUAUAAAGUAGAUUAUUAUCUUAUAGUUUUAAUUACCGAUCGUAGAAAUGGCAUUCAGAACUGUACAUUGAUUCAUCCACAAUACAUUUUCAUGUGACAGAUACGUGGUCCUUGAAAAACAAAUGUAUUAAACUUUAUAUAGCUUAAUAACUUCGGGCCUAAUGUAAAACAUUAAUACUGUUUUCUUGCAAUACAUUUAACAUCAAACAUUUCAAUCGCAACAAAUACAUAAUCGUCAUAUCGUUUUAAUUAAUAGUAAAGGAAAAAAAAAAAAGAAAAAAAAAAAAAGAAAGAUAAAACAUAUGAGAACAUAUAUCAUUUCUUUUACCUUUACGAUAACGGUGACGAAGAAUUUCCAACUGAAGUUUAUUUUUUCAUAUUAAAAUUUAUUUAUAAAGAAUAAAUGGUAGAUCCUUGAACUAAUUUAUAAAACAACAUGUUUAAAACAACAUCAAUGGUUUUGUGGCAAUUGAAUGUUUCAUUAUAAUAAAUAUAGGUGAAUCCUAUAUAGCAUAAUAUAUUAUUGUAAGAAUAUUUGUUGUUAAAAAACUCACGUUAGUUUUAUGAAUGUUUUGUCAUCGAGAACGUAUUUAAUUUAAUUAUUACGAAACCAAAAGAUUUCAUGAAAUCAUCACGAAUGCUAAUCAACUGCAAUAUAUUAAAAAAAAAAAAUAAUAAAAAUAAAAAAAAAAAAAAUAAAAAAAAACAUACAAACAAACAUCUCUCUUACGGACGAAUAGAUUAUGUUAUAAUAAAGAAAUUUAUAUAUCAGCAUUUAAAAUACUAGGUAUUUAUAAAACUUUUUAAAUAUACUUUCUUGCUAAGUGUGUCUUAUAUAUGCUAAACUAUGAGUCUAUGAGUCUAUGAGUAAUCUGCUAGUAUUUCAUUACUUAGAAUAUAAAUAUAUAAAUGGUUAAGUUUAGACCAAUAUAAUUAUUACAUGCAAUUGUAAAGCAAUGUGAAUCAGUUAAAUUUAUGUUCACUUAAAAGAAGUAUGAACAAUAUGUCGUUGCACUUUCAACAGCACCUAGUAAGCCUUAUUAUUUUAAUAAAUAUACAAGAAACGCUAUUAGAUAACGAUCGUGCUCUUAUGCAUUUGGCUUACAAUAAGACUAUAACAAUGAAGUACUAACGAUUACCAUACAAUUAGCUUUGAGUACUGGGAAGCUCUGAAGAAUCGAUAAUUAACUUAUAAAUCGUGAUAGCCAUUUCGUAUCACGAUGCCUGUAGCUUAAAUGAUGUAUACAUUAAGUAAGUUACUUGUAUCACUUACAUCAAUAUUAUGUGCAAUGUUCAUUGAUAAUAUAUUUUUAUUAUUCUUUAUUCUUCGAUAUAUAGAUUUUUCCGAGAUCAGUAUUAAAUUAUAUAUCUGAUACAAUUUAUGUGAAUAAUUAUUAACAAAAAAAAAACAUUGUAAAGAAUCUAAAAGCUUUGUGUAUUAAUUUAUGCAUAAUAUUGAUCUUACAGUGAUACCAUGUCUUACUACCCAUAUCUCUCUCUCUCUCUCUCUCUCUCUCACACACACACACACACACAUACACACACUCACACAGACACUUUUUUUCAAUUAUAAAGUGUUAAAAAAAUAUAUACAAAAAUCUUAAGUAAUUUUAAGAAAUUUUUCUGUCAAUUGUUAUUUUUAAGAAUUAUUUCCAAAUGCUUUCAUUUUUAUAUCAUAGUUGUUCAAAUUUUCACCAACUGUAAAAAGAAAAAGUUUGAUAAAUCCUUUAACAUGAGAACACAAUGUUUUAUUUUAAUUGAAAAUAAAUUUAUUUUCAGUCUUCAAAGUAAAAUGUAAGAUAUCUUUUAUUGUAAAGUAAUUAAUAUAUUCAACAGAGCUGAUGUCACAUUGUUCUUAUAUUUCUUUGUAAUAAUAGAAAUUAAUAUAAAUUGAGUCAAAUAGUUGCUAAAUUUUUUUCAAUAAAUAUUUAUAAUUAUUUUUUAGAAAUAGAGGAGUUAAUGUUGUAUAAGAUAACUAUCUUUUAUUUUCCGUACGAUAUUAUAUAAUUAUAGAAAUAAUUAAUAAAUAGAAAUAAAUUUGAAGGAUCUAUCAAACUUUUCAGAAACAAAGUUUCAUUUAUAAAAGAAACAAAAAUUCAUCAUAUUUUAUAAUAUGAAUAUAUAUGUGUAUAUAUAUAUAUAUAUAUAUAUAUAUAUAUAUAUAUACACAUACACACAUAUACAUAUCUAGAUAGUUUUUGCCUUUAUUAGAACAAUGAGUACCUUUAAGAGUAUUUUAUUUUCAAUUUAUUACCUUCAGUGUUUUUUUGGCAUACUUCUAGAAAAAAAAGAAGGAUCUUUUCAUUUGCCUUAUUUAUUAUACAUCUUCUGAGCAUCUCCAGCAUGUAUAUCAUUCAAAUAUAUUAGUCUUAGAAGAGUUAAUAUUAAGUAGAUAUUUUUACGCGAUUAUAAUAAAUAUUCUUUGUGAGAUUCUGUACAAUGCGAACACUGUGUUCUGUUGCUUGGAAUGUUUAGUGUAUUUGUAUAAUUUCCAACUUUGUAAUGUGUAAUUAAUGCCUGUUCUUCUCUGUACUCUGCAAUUUAGAUAUAAUAUGAUAUAACUUACUUAAGAAUAUAAUAUAUAUAUAUAUAUAUAUAUAUACAUAUAUAUAUAUAUAUAUAUAUAUAUAUAUAUAUAUAUAAAAUUACACAAAGGGACACUAUGUAUGCAAUACUGCAUAAGUUUAUAUUAUUCAUCUAAUCAAGAAACAUUUUGUUUAUUAUCCAACUUGAAAAAGAAGAAAGAUUUUUUAUAGAAGUUAUUAAAAUACAAUGAAAUAAAUUUUAGUAUUCUCGUAAAUUCAGAUUUUUAUUCGAAGCAUCAAUUUUAAUGAGAUUAAUCGAUUUCUUAAUUUUUGGGCCGGAACUCAAAAGGUAUUAUAAAAUCGUAAAUGAAUAAUAUAUGAUUCGAUCCAAUCAUGUCAUUUACAACAUAGAGAUUAUUAAAAUGACUUGAUUUGCUUCGAUAAAAAUUUUAUUUGUUUACGAAACUAUAAAGAGAAUAUAAGGUAUGUAAUUCUGAGAUAAAAAAGAAAAGAACAAAUUAGACUGUCUGAGGUAAUAAUAACAAAGAAACGAAAAAAAAAAAAGAAAAAGAUAUGCUGACCUCAUAUGUGGUAUUGCACGAGUGUCGAUAUUUGACUUCCAUAGAUAAGAAUUAAGUUAUACAAAAUAAUAAUAAUAAUAAUAAGAUGAGCACAGCACAUUUCAGCCUGUACUUUUAUAAAAAAAAAAAAAACGUUCAAAAAUUGUAAACAUUGGAACACAAUUCUUGCGUCCUCAAAGUGCUAAAUCUGUAAAUUCAAUCAGGUUUCGUGUAAGCUUUCAAAAAUUAACUUUCGAUAAUUGAAGAGUAAAAAAAGAAUUGUUGUUUGGAAAAAAAAAAAAAAGCAUUUCUUUACAAAAUAUAUAUGCAUUAACUUGAUUCUUGUGUAAGAGUGAUAUGCGACCUUGUGAUCGAUAGAAAGACCUAAUUGAUUAACGUAGAAAUAAUGACAAUAGUUCUUCUACUGUCACUCAAUCGUUUAUAGAAGCUAAUAACAUCUCGAUAAUUAAUAUAUUAAUUGUAGUUUUUUAAUUCACACGUUUAAAUAUAACGAAAAAGUAACUUUAAAAAUCUUUCAAAUUUAGAUAUCUUCUUAAGUACAUCAUGCAUUUAAUCAAUACCGUACGUACAAUAAAUACCAUUUCAUCGUACAAUAGGAAAAUAAUUGCAUUGUAUUAUGUAAUAAACAUUGUGAUUGUGACUAAUGUACAGACAUGAUUUGUACUUCCCUUUUAUAUAAAUGAAUUUAAACAUUGUAAUCAUAGGACAUAGCAAAGCACAGAUUAAUCAACCAUUAGAAAUCUCUCUUUGUUAAGCAUUCGAAAUGAAAUAAUACUCAAGAAAACAUGGAAAGUACAAAUAUGUAGCUACACGGUCCUGAUUGAAUAUUGGUAAACAAAAGUUGUAAAGACAUAACCAAGGAGAGAAUGUGUAAAAUUAUAUCAUGAUCGAAUGCUCUGUCAGUCCGCACUUAAAUACCCUUUCGUGUUAUUUGAAUAUACAUUUUAAAAGUGGCAUAUACUUUACUUUUUAUUAAAAAUGCAAUGAUUGUAUAUGGGCUGCAUUUGAAUCAUGAUCAAAUGUAAUGAUUUACUAAGCGAUGCAAAAUAAAUGAAAAAGAUUUAAAGAGA